ACUAUUGAGUUAUGGACCAAAGAAACUCUGUGCUUCUUCUGCUAUUGCUUCUGUUCCAAGUUCUGUUUGUAGCAACACAGAACUCCAAUCGAGACUUUACUGCUUUAUCAUCUCUCACUGAAUUUUAAAACAAGCCACCAAGUUGGGUGGGCACAGAUCCUUGUGGGUGGGAAGGCAUCGAAUGUAACAAUUCGAGAGUGGCAUCAAUAAAACUGUUAAGCAUGAACUUAAAAGGCAGGUUGACGGAGGCUAUUGGGAGAUUAACUGAAUUAACGACUCUGGACCUCUCUUACAACAAAGGCAUGGGUGGAAGAAUUCCAGCUGAAAUUGGGAAUUUGAGUAAAUUACAAAUCCUGUCAUUGGUUGGUUGUGAUUUCUCUGGUCCUAUUCCUGAAUCAUUAGGAGAUCUUAAGCGGCUGACCUUUUUAGCUCUUAAUCUUAAUCGGUUGAGUGGAAAUAUUCCACGUACGUUGGGCAAUCUAUCCAAUGUCAAUUGGCUAGAUAUUGCAGACAACCAGAUUGAAGGACCUAUCCCUAUCUCUGAUGAAGAAGGACCUGGUCUUGACAUGCUACUCAAAGCAGAGCACUUUCAUUUUGGAAACAACCGCCUCUCAGGGGAAGUUCAAGCUAAGCUUUUAAGUUCAAAGAUGAUACUGAAACACCUGCUUCUUGACAACAAUCACCUAGUUGGCAGCAUUCCAGACACUACUGGAUUGAUAAAGACAUUGACGGUGGUACGGUAUGAUCACAAUCAAAUGACUGGAGAAGUGCCUUCAAGUAUCAAAAAUCUCACAAAACUCACUGAUCUGAAUUUAGGCAACAAUAAACUAAAUGGCUCUAUGCCCGAUCUUACUGGAUUAGAUGCACUCGCCUCUGUGGAUUUGAGCAACAACUCUUUUAAUCCUUCCAAUAUCCCUUCAUGGGCCUCAAGCUUGCCAUAUUUAACUACACUAUUAUUGGAAAGCACUGGACUGCAAGGGGAAAUACCGGACUCCUUAUUUAGCCAAUCUAAUUUAGAGACUGUGAUAUUGAGGAAUAAUAAGCUCAAUGGUACCUUGGAUGUCGGCAACAGCCUACCCAAUUUGAAUCUUAUUGAUUUACAGGAUAAUAGGAUAGGUGACUUUGAACAGAAAAGUGGAGGAACCAGUUUUAAUGUCGUACUAGUUGGAAACCCCAUUUGUCUUGAAACAGGAGCUACUUCGCAAAGUUACUGCAAAAGCUCGCAAACUAAUAUCACAUAUUCAACACCAGAAAAUAACUGUAUACCUCCUGUUUGUGGUUCAAACAUGGUUUCCAGCCCAAACUGCAAAUGUGCAUUUCCCUAUAGAGGAGUUCUGACUUCUAGAGCUCCUGGUUUCUCAAACUUUAGAAACACAAGUUAUUUUAAGGAUCUUGAGCAUGGCCUGUUGACUACUUUCCAGUCCCAUGACCUGCCCGUGGAUUCUGUUUCUCUGACCAAUGCAUUCCAGAAUUCUGUUACUUCUUAUUUUAGUUUGGACGUAGAAGUCUUCCCAUCUCAAAUUGACCGUUUCAACAGAACUGGAGUUUUAAGCAUUUCGUUCGUGCUUUCCAACCAGAUCUAUAAACCUCCAGAAUUUUUCAGCCCUUACUAUUUUUCUAGUAAUAAUACCUAUGAAUUCUAUGCAGAAGAGCCUUCAUCAAGUAAAACAAAUGGGGGGGUUAUAGCUGGUGCAGUAGCAGCUGGUGUCGUCGUCUUGGUCCUGUCCAUCCUUGUAGUAAUAUUUGCAAUCCGCCAGAAGAAAAGGGCAAAGGAAUUUGAUCCUUUUGCAAACUGGGAUCAAAACAAUAAAAGUGGCAAUGCUCCUCAGCUAAAAGGAGCACGGUGGUUUUCUUUUGAAGAGCUCAAGAAACACACCAACAACUUCUCCGACGCCAAUACUAUUGGAGCUGGGGGCUAUGGAAAGGUUUACCAAGCUGUUCUUCCCUCUGGGGAACUGGUUGCUGUCAAGCGUGCUUCGCAAGAAUCUAUGCAGGGUGCUGUUGAGUUCAAAACUGAGAUUGAGCUGCUAUCAAGGGUCCAUCACAAGAAUCUUGUUGGUCUUGUGGGUUUCUGUUAUGACAAAGGUGAACAAAUGCUGGUCUAUGAGUAUAUUCCUAAUGGCACUAUGAUGGACAGUCUUUCAGGAAAAUCUGGAAUCAGAAUGAACUGGAUAAGGAGGCUAAAAGUAGCUGUGGGAGCAGCCAGGGGGCUUUCCUAUCUUCAUGAACUCGCUGAUCCGCCAAUUAUACACAGGGACAUAAAAUCAAGUAAUAUCCUUCUUGAUGACCACUUAAAUGCAAAAGUUGCUGAUUUCGGUCUCUCCAAACUCAAGGAUUGCGACAGGGCCCACAUCACAACUCAAGUCAAAGGCACAAUGGGGUAUAUGGAUCCUGAAUACUACAUGACUCAGCAGUUAACAGAAAAGAGCGAUGUAUAUAGCUUUGGAAUUACAAUGCUUGAGCUGGUAACAGCAAGGAAGCCAAUUGAGCAAGGAAAAUUCAUUGUAAGAGAGGUUCAAAGGGUAAUGGAUAGAUCAAAGGAGUUGUACAACCUUUAUGCCAUUAUAGACCCAAUAAUAAAGCAAGAGGGAACCCCAAAAGGUUUAGAGAAGUUUGUGGACCUAGCACUGAGGUGUGUCAAAGAUCAAGGGGAAGAGAGGCCAGCAAUGGCUGAAGUUGUGAAAGAGAUUGAGAAUAUAAUGCAGCUUGCUGGUUUCAACCCCAAUGCUGAAUCAGCAUCAACAUCAGAAACCCAUGAAAAUGUUAGUGGUGGGAAGAUCUACCAUCCUUACGUUGAUGAAGAUUUCGCCUACACGAGCGUUUUUCCACCAGUAAAAGUGGAACCUCAAUAGAAGUUUUGGCAUUUGGUUUCUUUUUUCUUGUAAAUCCUUUUCCUCUUCAGAUGCUUUUAAUUUGUUCUGGCUUGUCGUGUGAAAAAUGUGAAUUUAAGAAGAAAUUCAGAAUCACCUUGCAAUUAUUCAAAUUUGUAUUAUGUCUUAGAAUCUCAUAUAGGAUCCUGAGAAAUUCUUAUUAAUUGUGAAAAGUUACAUGUGUUUGUUUUUUCCUAUGCUUGAAUUCACUGAGGGAAGAAUCGGACAGAUCAAAUUUUUGUUCACCUAGUGAGAUAACAUUUCUUCUUGUAUACUUUUGUCAUGAGGGUGUUUUUGCAAUUCUGGAUGAAUGUAAUCUUUGGAUUA